UAUUUUUUGGGACACGCUCAAAACGGUGCGCCCUAACUAGCAUUAAGUUUUUUAUCUUACCAAAUAUGGUAAUAAACGAUUCCUCUCAUCGAGCUAAGAAGAUUGGUAUCAAAACUCAUAUGAGCUGGGAAAUUUUGUUCGUUUAUGGCCUAUUGGCUUUGUUAUGGCUUCGUGCCCUUUUGGGCUACUUUUUUCAUUUUGGAUGGCCACUAAUUUACCUCCAUUUUAAAAUACACCUCUUUAUAAGAUCCAUUUUCAUCCUUAAAUGUGUAUUAUAA